AUGGCUGAGCGAAAUAUCCUCCAGCAUGCUCUCCUAGCGACAUGGUUCCUUUCGUUCCUGCAAAUCCAAUCCGCCACCGCGGCGCCCGCAGCUCCGGUUACUAGGAGAAUCCGCUGCGUCCCCCACGAGCGGGAUGCUCUUCUUGCCUUCCGGGCCGGCCUCACCGAUCCUGACAGCUAUCUGUCAUCAUGGCAAGGCGAAGACUGCUUCCGGUGGAAGGGGAUCCGCUGCAGCAACCGCACCGGCCAUGUCCUGGAGCUCAGGCUCUUGAGCUUGGAGGAAGUGAGUUCAAGCAUUAGAUUCCGGGGAGGACAGAUGAGUAGUUCGCCCUUGGAAGAUUUAAAGAACUUGAGGACACUUGACCUUCGCGGCAACAACUUCGACGGCGCGCCUAUCCCGGAGUUCAUUGGCAGCCUCAAGAGCUUGAGGUACCUCUACAUCUCCGGUUCAAAGUUUGGUGGGCGAGUGCCGCCCCGGCUUGGUAACCUCUCCAGGUUGCUCUACCUUGAUCUGAACAACAUAUUUGAAGAUUCCUAUAUUUACUCGACUGAUCUUGCAUGGUUGUCGCGCCUCACAACAUUAAAGUACCUUGAUUUGAGCGAGGUGAACCUCAGCACGGCAACUGAUUGGGCUCAUGUAGUCAACAAGCUUCCUUCCCUUGUCACACUUAAUCUGCGCUAUUGUGGGCUUCAGAAUGUCAUUCCAUCACCGGUGGAUGUUAACCUUACAUCACUUGAGUACCUUGACCUCAAUGGUAACGAAUUUAGCUCUGCUCUUGGACCAAAGAACUUAUUUUGGGAUCUACCUAGCCUCCUUCACCUUGACAUGGGGGUGUGCGGCCUCCAAGGUUCAAUUCCAGAAGAGGUGGGGAACAUGACUUCGAUCACAAGAUUAGAUCUUAGUGUCAACAACCUGAUUGGUACCAUACCGACAACCUUCAAGAACCUGCGCAACUUGGAGGAGUUAAGGCUAUUUGGAAAUAGCAUCAACGGGCCUGUAGCAGUAUUACUAGAAAGAUUGCCUACUGAAAACAGUCUACAAGAUUUAACUUUAUUUGAGAACAAUUUGAGUGGGAACCUGCCAAAUCAGCUAAGACAUCUUAGAAAUUUAACAACUCUUGAUCUUAGUAAGAAUCGGCUUUCAGGGGAGCUACCUACUGGGAUAUCAGCACUCAGUAAGUUGGAAGAAUUACGGCUUGGUUCUAACAAUCUUGAAGGUACAAUCACUGAAAACCAUUUUGCAGAAAUGGCUAGCCUAAAUAAUCUAGUAUUAUCUGGCAACUCAUUAUCCAUGGUGUUCCAACAUGGCUGGAAGCCUCCAUUUAAGCUAGAUAUAGCUGACCCAAUAUUUGGUUUUGUCACAAAAUCAAAUGAGCGGCAUGCUAUCACCAACAAUGUUCAGGAAAAUGGAGGCAGAAACUAUGGAUUUUAG